ACCCUUAAGCUGCACUUUACAUGAGUGUGUGUGUAUGGGGGGAGGGCAUUGAGGGCAGGGGACUGCAUGGAGAAUGUAGCAAAUAUCUUGUAGACAAGCAGGGGCGGACUGACAAUUCAUGGGGCCCCCGGGCAAUAGGGGAUCAUAGGCCCCCUGUGUCCUUGCCCAAACUCAAAAAAGCCUAUGAAAAAGGUACCAGGGGCAUCUCAUGGGGCCCCCUACUGACCCCGGGCCCUCAGGCAGUGCCCGAGUUUUCCAAAUGGUCAGUCCGCCCCUGUAGACAAGUAUACAUAAAAGAAAUCUACAGU